UUCCUGUCAAGUAAACUCAGUGGCGGCAGGAACUCGCUGUGACUGAAGGUUUGACUCCCCUGUGUUAUGCGCAAGUGAAUUCCGCUUCGCUAAGACCACUGCACCUCUUCUCUUCUCACUUCCCUCUCUCUUUUGCCCCUCUACCGUGACACACACUGACAAGUUGGGAGUCGAGAUUAUUAAGAACAAGCUGACUCGCGGACUUUUGUAGUGCCACAGACGACGGGCUUGUCCGCUGCACUCAUUUAAUCCCUACAACCCGCCGUUCUUGUAUCACCUUCCGAUCUGCGGCGGCCGAAAGGUAUCUUUCGCUUCUUAUACAUUUGCUAUCCUGCGCCCACACAUAUCACUGCGUCUACGACCUCUAUCAGCGAUUCUUAACACCAAACGCCAGCUAUGGCUGCACCGGUCGAUGAGAGGAUUGCUGCAGACCUCGAUGAGUCUCAUCAAUUCCGUCCCCGGAGACAUGAUGACGACGACGAGGGUUCCGACCACCUAGGAGAUGAUGAUGCUGAAAGCACCGCCAGUGCUACUGUCGCGGAGCGUAAGAAUAACGAAGGACACUUCGAUGAGGAGAAAGAGCUUCCACCGCAUGCGUGCUCGUACGUGUCUUAAAAGACCGCCCCUCAUAGCU